AUGGGAAUCUUGUCACGCAGCCCAACUUAUGGUAGAAGAUCAGAAGAUAAUGGCAUGAAGCUUCUUGCAACUGCUUUGUUUGCUACAGCUUUUGGCAUUCUACUUGGACUAUCAUUUCCAUCUUUUUGGAUCAGUAAUGCGAGUUUACCAAAGAACCUUCUUCGCUCCAUUGCUAUCUCAAAUAGACAUUCAGAUAAUGCAGCUCCUGUACAUGCCAUUGAUAUCUCAAAGAUAUGGGUUCCUUCAAAUCCAAAAGGAGCUGAGAGAUUACCACCCAGUAUUAUUGCAUCCGAAUCAGACUUGUAUUUGCACAGGUUAUGGGGGAACCCUGAAGAGGAUUUGAAGAAGAAACCGAGAUAUCUAGUAACAUUUACAGUGGGUUACAAACAGAGACAAAACAUAGAUGCAUGUGUUAAGAAGUUUUCAGACAACUUUACCAUUGUUCUGUUCCAUUACGAUGGGAAAACAAGUGAGUGGGAUGAUGAGUUUGAUUGGUCGAAAAAUGUAAUACACAUUAGUGUUCGGAAGCAGACAAAAUGGUGGUAUGCAAAGAGAUUCUUGCACCCUGACAUUGUAGCGCGAUACGAUUAUAUAUUCAUGUGGGAUGAAGAUCUUGGAGUCGAUCACUUUGACGCUGAAGAAUACAUACACAUGGUCAAGAAGCAUGGCCUUGAGAUUUCACAGCCUGGUUUGGACCCAGAGAAAGGGUGUACAUGGCAGAUCACUAAAAAAAGAGAGCAUGUUGAAGUCCAUAAGGAAACAGAUGAGAAACUCGAGUGGUGCUCUAAUCCUCCUCGGCCUCCAUGUGCUGCAUUUGUGGAGAUAAUGGCUCCUGUAUUCUCAAGAGAUGCGUGGCGCUGCGUGUGGCAUAUGAUUCAGAAUGAUUUGGUUCACGGUUGGGGUCUUGACUUUGCACUUAGAAGAUGUGUUGAGGAGCCUGCUUAUGAGAAGAUAGGAAUAGUAGACACUCAGUGGAUCGUUCAUCAAUUUAUACCUUCCCUUGGCAGUCAGGGAAAGGAAGAAGAUGGGAAAUCGCCAUUGCAAGGGGUGAGGGAUAGAUGCCAUAUGGAAUGGAAAAUGUUCGAGAGGAGAGUGGACGAGGCAGAGAAGGAAUAUUUUAAAUCGUUGCAAGUUCAAACCCCAUCCAAUUCAACUACAUUGCACUAG